AUGACGCAUUUCAUAUCAUUUCUAUCAUUAACGUGUAGUUCAAGCUUUCGAUCUAGGCAAAAAAUCAUCCAAACUGAAUACGAAAACAUUUAUGGAAAGCCAGAAAUUCUUCGCAUCGGCGCCAUUUUGCCGAGAAUGGCUUUCUUCGGACGAUCUUCAAGAGCUUAUAGUAAGACACUAGAUGAAGCGACUAAAAAUGUUAAUAGAAAUAAAGUCAUGAGUUUUAGUUUUACUGACACUUAUCAGUUAGACACUCAGAUGGUAACGAUGGAACUAUCCGCAAGUCCAUUAGACGUGCUCAAGACGUUGUGCGAAAAUAUAUUGCCUUAUAACGUCACCGCCAUUUUGUACAUGACUAAUGCUCCAGUGUAUGGAAUCAACAUUGCGACUGCGCAGUACAUGCUUCAGCUCACUGGAUACCUUGGCAUACCUGUAAUAGCAUGGAAUGUGGAUAAUAUUGGACUUGAACAGCGUGUAUCAGACUCAAGAAUCCUUCAGUUAGCACCAACAGUUGAGCACCAAGCGCAAGUAAUGCUAAGCAUAUUAAAGAGAUAUUCCUGGCAUACCUUUUCCGUAGUGACGUCACGCAUCGGCGGCCAUGAUGAUUUCAUUCGAGCAAUCAGAGAUCUUACGCAGCGGAAUAUUUUUCCUGACUUCAAGUUUGAUAUUCUUGACAUAGUCACUCUAAAAUCCUACGACAUGCAAGAUGUGCGCAAUGAGCUGGAAGACAUUGCGGACAGUGAGGCCAGGAUAUUCCUCCUCUUUGCGACACGAAUGGAAGCAGCAGAAAUCAUGGCUGCGGCUACGGAUCUUGGCAUCACGGGGAAGAAUUAUGUUUGGAUCGCAUCCCAGUCAGUUGUAGGCCUUGGCUUAGAGGUUAAACCUGGACAAUUUCCUGUUGGCAUGCUAGGUAUCUAUAUUAACGUAACAAUGGAGAAGCUGUAUGUUGAAAUUGACAGAGCAGUGAACACAUUUGCUCAUGGUAUUGAAUCCUUCUACAACGACCCAAAAACGGGAAAUAUUAGCCUUAUACCAAAUCUAAGCUGUAACAUAUCUGGACAGUCAAGGUGGAACCGAGGGGACUUGGUUUUCAAGCACAUGCGAGAUGUGAGCAUAAAGCACAAAACUUUAGGAAGACCGAUUGAAUUUAAUUUAGACGGAACUUUGAAGGAUGUCGAAAUAUACGUCAUGAAUCUCAAUUAUUUCAGUUGGGAGAGGAUUGGUUGGUGGGAAAACAACACUCUGGAUAUUAAAGACAUUGUUUGGCCUGGAAACAGUCCUGUUCCACCACCAGGAGUGCCAGAAAAGUUCAACCUGAAGAUAACUUUCCUAAAAGAGCCACCGUAUGUGAACCUUCUACCUCCAGACAACGAGACAGGCGAAUGCAAGACAAGUAGAUCUAUAAGGUGUAGAAUUGCUCCAGAGCACAAACUAGUUGGGAUUAACCAUUCUGUCGCAGUAAGAAACCCCGAAUACUACAAGUGCUGCUCAGGAUUUUGCAUUGACUUGUUGCAGAAAUUCUCGCAGGAUUUGAAAUUUACAUAUGACUUGUAUCAAGUGGAAGAUGGUGCUUGGGGAGUAGUUAAUGCAAAUGGAACGUGGAAUGGUUUAGUAGCGGACUUGCUGAAUCACAAAGCAGAUAUAGUCGUGACUUCGAUCAAAAUAAAUUCCGACAGGCAACAGGCUGUCGACUUUACAGUUCCUUUUCUAGAAACCGGAAUAGCCAUUGUUGUUGCAAAAAGAACGGGUAUUAUUUCACCAAAAGCCUUUUUAGAACCUUUUGAUACGAUAUCCUGGCUGAUGAUCCUUCUUGUCAGUAUUCAAGGUGCUGCUUUAGCAAUUUUUCUCUUUGAAUGGCUCAGUCCUUAUGGCUAUGAUAUGAAAGUUGUUCCUCCGAGAGAGCAUAAAUUUUCCUUAUUUCGUACCUAUUGGCUGGUGUGGGCUGUAUUAUUUGGAGCUGCAGUAAACGUAGAUUGUCCCCGAGGAUACACUGCCCGCUUUAUGUCUAGUGUUUGGGCAAUGUUUGCUGUUGUGUUUCUCGCCAUCUACACUGCCAAUUUGGCGGCCUUUAUGAUAACUAGAGAAGAAUACUACGACUUGACGGGCAUUGAUGACAAAAGGCUUCAAAACCCCCAUAUUGUUGAACCACCAUUUCGGUAUGGAACCAUCCCUGAUGGUAAUACGCAGGCGAUUUUGAAGAAAAAUAAACCACAUCUCUAUUCGUGGAUGAGGAAGUACAACAGAUCAACUGUUCUGGAAGGAAUAGCGGCAGUAAAGAAAGGAGAGCUCGAUGCUUUCAUCUACGACGCCACAGUGUUAGAGUACCUAGCUGGACAAGACAACGAAUGUCGAUUAUUAACGGUGGGCAGUUGGUAUGCAAUGACUGGAUAUGGAUUCGCUUUGCCUAAAAAGUCCAAGUAUCUCAGCAUGUUUAACAGACAAAUGAUACAGUAUAGAGAGAAUGGUGACUUAGAAAGACUGCAGAGAUUUUGGCUUCAAGGUGCUUGCAAACCGAAAGCGAAGAAGCGAAACGUCAGUAAGCCAUUAGACGUGAAUCAAUUUAUGAGUGCAUUUUUGCUGCUGGGUUGCGGAGUUCUGUUCACAAUAUUUGUUCUGUUAGCAGAGCAUAUCUAUUUCAAAUUCAUUAAAAAACAUUUAGAAAAAACAGAGAAAGGAGGAUAUCUUACACUUAUAAGUUUGAGUAUGGGUAAAUCAUUAAACUUUCGAGGCACUGCAAUGGAAGCCAUGGACGUGUUCACUCAUCCUAAGUGCAAGGACCCAGUAUGCGAGAACACUUUGCGGCAAACACGCUUGGACCUUAUUCGAGCAAAUGAAAAGAUCAAAGAGCUAACAGCGAGGAACAUCAUGACUAGUGUGUCAAUCAUAUCCGCAAAGCAAGAGCUGUCCCUGAACACAACAGAGCCUUUACAAACCAGAGACCUAACGAAGAACUACAUCAUUUCCAAUGAAACUGGACCACCAGGCUACAAGACUCAUCCUUUACACUCAUACGGUCCCCAUUUCAUCAAGACCACCACAACUAAAGGCGACGUCGCAGAAAUUGAAACAGUCUUAUGA